AUGGACGCUCUCAAAUCCCUUGUGCAGCCGCUCAUCGGCGGUUCUGCGGGCUCAUCCGUCGUGGACGGGAUGAAGCUCGUCGUGCUCGGUGGUACGGUCGAGACGGCUCGCAGAGUGUCGAGCUCGGCGUGGUCGCACUUCGUAAAUUCAUUCUUCCUUACGGCCCACUUCAGUGAAGAAGACCUUCCCUACGACUGGCUCAUGCUCUGGCUCUCGCGCCGGCCUGAAUGGCAGCGCGCACGCGAGUUCGAGACGACCACCCGUGCUGGUCCCGGCGGAUCUUCCUCCCACACCAAUUACUCGGAGGAAGACGCUGAUUGGGAUGCGUGGGAGGCCGAAGUGUAUAACAGAGGCGGAGCAGGGAGCGAGGGCGGCUACUGGGGUGAGGACGAUGAUGCGGACAAUGGAGGAGACCCGCAGAGAACGAGAACGCGGAUCGUGUUCCAGCCGACGUACGACACGACUCACACGAUUUUCUAUCGGGGUCAUUGGUUGAGAGUGAGGAGGGGCAGGAAGCACGAGAGUGGGUGUGAGAUGCUCUCGAUUAGUGUUGUCGCCCGCUCCAACGCCAUCCUCAAGCACCUUGUUCUCCAGGCCAAGAAGGAGUACGAAGCUGAGGCUGUCCAUCGCAUUCAACUGUAUUUCGCCGACGUACACGGCUCCUGGCGCUGGUCUGACUCACGGCACAAGAGGCCAAUGUCCAGCAUCGUUUUGAACCCCGGAGUGAAAGAGAUGCUUUUGGAAGACGCGAGAGACUUCUUGGCGAGUGAGACGUGGUACGCAGACCGCGGCAUUCCCUUCCGGCGAGGAUAUCUCCUACAUGGAGUCCCUGGCUCGGGCAAAUCUUCGCUUAUCCAUGCCCUGGCUGGUGCCCUGCACCUCGACAUCUACGUGGUCUCCCUCUCCGCCUCCUGGGUGUCCGACACGACUCUGACGACUCUGAUGGGCCGCGUUCCCGCCCGAUGCGUGCUUCUGCUGGAGGACCUGGAUGCGGCCUUCGUAAGAAGCACAAAUCGAGAUGACGAUGAUGACGGCGAUGGUGACAAUGGGGGUAAUGGAGGGGCGUUUGGGAACAAUGGCGGUGUGGGCACCACCGAUGCGUUUUCAAGCUUCACAUCGGCCUUCCCUGGUGCCUCGGGCUCAGGCUCGUCUUCGUCAAGGCGCAGACACUCGCACCAUCGUUCUUCUCUUUCACCCACCAAUACACUCUCGUUGAGUGGUCUCUUGAAUGCUCUGGAUGGUGUGGCUGCUUCUGAAGGCAGGUUGUUGUUCGCAACUACCAACCAUCUGGAACGGUUAGAUCCUGCUCUGAGCCGUCCAGGACGUAUGGACGUGUGGGUCGAGUUCAAGAACGCGAGUCGAUGGCAGGCCGAAGCUCUAUUCAGGAACUUCUUCCCGUGGGAGGACGGCGAGGAUAGCGAGGAGGAGGAUGUGAAGGGCUUGGAGGGCAUCGAUUUGAAGAUCGAGGACGGUGGAGAGGUCGCGCCGGGAAGGCCGACCAGUGGAAGAAGGACACCAAGAGCAUACGAGGAGAUGCGCCGUGCAAAGGAGGAACAUGACGGGCCCCGGUUGGAGCCGCCGCCGUCUCUGUGGUCGCUAUCCACGAACUUCAUGUCUUCAGCGUCAAACGUUGCAUCAUCAGCAUCAUCCAUCCUCUCCUCCGCCGUUUCAUCUACAACCUCUUCCACCCUUGCCUCCCCUGUUGGUUCGACUGCUCCACCUCUGCCACGGACGUUUUCUGGGUCGCCUAUCCCGAAUGAGCCUGCUCAGGACGCGCCGAGCGUUAAGGACAAAGCAAAGAACACGAUACAGAAGACGCCGCCUCGGCCGGCUCCUUUGGACAAGAAGACCCUCGCCAUGCUGGCGAAAAAGUUCGCUGAUGGGGUGCCGGAGGAUGAGUUUAGCAUUGCCGGGCUGCAAGGAUGCGUUCGCGUUGCUGUGCAGGUCGAGAAAGCUUCAUAUAUGCGCCGUUUGGAUCAUCUUCUGAGGCACAAGGCUCAGCCAGAAGCAGCGGCAAAUGGCGUCGAAGCAUGGGUCCGUGGCGAGAGGGAAAUGCGCGAGCGACUGCAGAAAGAGAAGGAGGCACGCGAAGUGCGCGAGAAGGCUCAGCGUGAAAAACGCCGUAAAGAGGCCCAGGAGAAGGAGAAAGAGAAGAAGGAGAAAGAAAAGAAGGAGAAGGAGCUCGAACGGGUGAAGGCCUUGCUUGCAGAGAAGGAGAAGGAAGAGGAGCUGGAGAAGAUGAGGGCGCAGUUGAGGGAGAAGGAGAAGGCGAAUCGAAAGAAAGAGAAGAGGAAAAACAAGAGCGGUACAAAGAGCAAGGAAGAGACCAAGGACGACGAGGGCAAGGAGAAGAAAGACGAGAAGAAAGACGCAAAAUCCAAGUCGAACAAGGCGAAGGCGAAGAAAGCCAAAGCGGAUUCCAAACCCAGUUCGACGUCUUCGUCGAAGGUCAAAAGCAAGACGAAUGACGCAUCGAGCUCAAGCAGUGACAAUGAAGACGCCUCGUCCUCGUCGCCGUCAGAGUCGGAGUCGGAGUCGGAGAAGAGCGAGAACGCGUCAAGUGCGUCGUCGUCGGGCUCCGACUCCUGGGGUGACGCCGCCGACACUGCUGCAUCAUGA